CAGGGGGAUAGUACGUCGGACGUGGUCGUAUCUGCUGCCACAUUUUCCAUUUUCUGUGGAAAGGUGAACGAAAUGGAAAGGAGUUCUCCCUUUGUAGCACUAUGCUGAGAUCCUGGGCAGCCUUCCCACCAUGCUGGAACUGGGCUCCUGUUCGGUCAGCUCUCAGUCUCUGACAGGGGACGACAAUGCUUUGGGGAUACCUAGAGCCCCAACAGGGCCGGAGUGUCCAGUGGUUGGUCUGGGCAUGGGGACGAUGUGUGGUAGCAGCACCCCCAGACACCACAUCCUUCCCUCGUCUCCAGCGGACUGUGAGAACUGGCAGAAGCAUCGCACAGGACUGGCUGCAGGGUCAAGCCUGUUUUCUGAGUCCCACUCCCUCCUGCAGCCCCAAAGUAUGUCAACCAGCUAUGACACCCUCUACCUCCCACACAUGUCUGGCCAUGCUCCCCCUGUGCAUCCAAACCGUCUCGGCUUGUCUCUCGAUGUGGCCUCGACUUUUGAAGUUGGAGGGGGAAUGCUGGGGGUGGAUGGAGAUCUGGCGGUUAGUCCCAAUGUGAUCAAGAGACGACGGGGCGGCCUGAUCGAACAGAGGGACAUUGUCAAAGCCCACCAGGCUCAUAAGAUUCAAAGCACACCACAGGCACGACGCAAGGAGUGGGAAAUGGCCCGGUUUGGAGACGACGUCCCGGGCUUGUUGAGCUCAGGGGAUGGAGGGUCCGAGCGCAACCGGAACCGCGAUGGGGCCGCCGUGUCCACAGGUGGCAUCUCCCCAGCCUUCAAGCAGACCAAAGCGCAGCGUGCCCGCACCAUGGCCUUGUACAACCCCAUCCCGGUCAGGGAAAACUGCUUCACCGUCAACAGGUCCCUGUUCAUCUUUGGCGAGGACAACGUGGUCAGGAAGUACGCCAAGAAAAUCAUUGAGUGGCCUCCAUUUGAGUACAUGAUCCUCACCACCAUCAUUGCCAACUGUAUCGUCUUGGCCCUGGAGCAGCACCUUCCUGGAGAGGACAAAACACCCAUGUCUAAAAGACUGGAGAAGACAGAGCCAUACUUCAUUGGGAUGUUCUGUUUUGAGGCUGGGAUAAAGAUCAUUGCCCUGGGCUUUGUAUUUCAUAAAGGCUCCUACCUCAGGAACGGUUGGAACGUCAUGGACUUCAUUGUGGUCCUCAGUGGGAUCCUGGCUGCAGCAGGGACACAUUUGAACAUCUCAGUGGACCUGAGGACCCUGAGAGCGGUGCGAGUGCUCCGACCCCUCAAACUAGUCUCUGGCAUCCCCAGUCUGCAGAUAGUCCUGAAGUCUAUCAUGAAGGCCAUGGUUCCUCUGCUGCAGAUUGGCCUGCUGCUCUUUUUUGCAAUCCUCAUGUUCGCCAUCAUCGGCCUGGAGUUUUACAGCGGCAGACUGCACCGAACCUGCGAGCCACAGUCUGGAAUACUCGAAAACGAGACAGUGGACUCUUCCGAGUUGGAGUUCCCGUGUGGCGAGCGCCGGUGUCCGGCCAAAUACAACUGCAUCGAUAACUGGAUUGGCCCUAAUGACGGCAUCACUCAGUUUGACAACAUCCUGUUUGCUGUUCUCACUGUCUUCCAGUGCAUCACUAUGGAGGGAUGGACCACUGUACUCUACAAUACCGACGAUGCCUUGGGCCCCAACUGGAACUGGCUCUACUUCAUCCCUCUCAUCAUCAUCGGCUCUUUCUUUGUCCUGAACCUGGUGCUGGGAGUCCUCUCUGGGGAAUUUGCCAAGGAGAGGGAGAGGGUGGAAAACCGCAGGGCCUUCAUGAAACUGAGACGCCAACAGCAGAUUGAGAGAGAGCUCAACGGCUACCGGGCCUGGAUCGACAGAGCAGAGGAAGUGAUGCUUGCCGAGGAGAAUAAGAAUGCAGGACCUUCUGCCCUCGAUGUGUUAAAGAGAGCCACCACCAUCAAGAGGAGAGGGAUGGAUGGGGUGCAUCGAGGGCAUCCAGGGGAGGAACAAUAUGGUGACAUCUCCUCUGUGGGCAUACCCAUGGCCAGAGCAAGUAUCAGGAGUGCCAAGCGAGGUCCAACAGCGUAUUUUCGCCGCAAGGAGCGUCUCCUGCGCAUCUCCAUCCGCCGUGUGGUGAAGACACACACUUUCUACUGGACAGUGCUGGGCCUAGUGGCUCUCAACACGCUGUGUGUGGCCAUUGUUCACCACAACCAGCCCCUCUGGCUGUCCAACUUCCUGUACUAUGCAGAGUUCCUGUUCCUCGCUCUGUUUCUGACUGAGAUGUUUCUGAAGAUGUACAGCUUGGGACCACGUCUCUACUUCCACUCCUCCUUCAACUGCUUCGACUGCAGUGUAAUUGUUGGCAGCAUCUUUGAAGUGCUGUGGGGUUUCUUCAGGCCUGGCACUUCCUUUGGCAUCAGUGUCCUGCGUGCUCUCCGUCUGCUGAGGAUCUUCAAGAUCACCAAGUAUUGGGCGUCUCUGAGAAACCUGGUCGUCUCUCUGAUGAACUCCAUGAAGUCCAUCAUCUCCCUCAUCUUCCUCCUCUUCCUCUUCAUCGUUGUCUUUGCGCUCCUUGGCAUGCAGCUCUUCGGUGGCAGGUUCAUCUUUGAAGACUAUACUCCGACAAACUUUGACACCUUUCCUGCAGCCAUCAUGACUGUCUUUCAGAUCCUGACUGGAGAGGACUGGAACGAGGUGAUGUACAACGGUAUUCGCUCUCAAGGAGGAGUGAAGUCUGGCAUGUGGUCCUCUAUCUACUUUAUAGUGCUCACAUUGUUUGGAAACUACACUCUGCUGAAUGUCUUCUUGGCCAUCGCUGUGGACAACCUUGCCAAUGCACAAGAACUUACCAAGGAUGAAGAGGAAGCAGAGGCAGCAUUCAACCAGAAGCACGCUCUCCAGAAGGCGAAGGAGGUCGGACCGUUGUCCUCCUUCAUGUCUUCAGAGGGAAGCCGGAGGAGGCGGCCCUACCUGUACAGGAAAAGAGCCAUCCACCGCAGCCGGCCUACCUACUCCUGCUCCCUGAAGGAGGCACAGGGCAGCAUCAGGGAGGGCCGUCCACCCCCACCACUCAACCCCUCUAACUCUUUCAUGUCCAGGAGAGAGAGAAGAAAAAGGAUGACCAUGUCAGUGUGGGAGCAGAGGACCAGCCAGCUGCGGAGACACCGCCAGAUGUCCAGCCGAGAGAUCCUGUUCAGCAGCCCCAGCGAGGAGAAGGAUGGGCCUCCCGCUUCAGCCCAGCUUGGACAUCCUCUGUCACUGCACCGCAAGGCCAUGGAGCACACGCCAUCCGGGAGUUUGAAGCACCUGACAGACCCCUUAGCCUCCCCAGGGAAGAACCAGCCUUCAAGUUCCUCAAUGUCUGUGGAUAAGCCUCUAGAUGCCCCCUUAUCCGGUGACAUACCUGAACCGCCAGUGACUGUGCUGGUGCCAGAGUCGCUGGAUCCUACGAACGCGCCCCUCUCUGAUGCUUCUGUGGCUGUGGUCGUACCAGAGCCCAUUACAGAGAGUGGAAAACUGGGUGCUAAUCAGAGUCGCAACACCAUCAGCGAGCGCCGGAGCCCCAGAUUGAAUGGCGAGCGCCAACACAGGGCGGUAAAGAAGUUCAGACCACCAGAUAACCUUGACACACUAACUCCCGAUAUAGGAGGUCAUGGUGGGAUCAGGGGCAGGAGGGCACUGCAUCACUGUGACCAUCAGAGCGGGACCAGAAGUCAAGGGUCAUCACCCGGGAAUGGGAGCAACUUGGCGAGUCGCUCGGUCAGCAGGGAGAGGAAGAGAAAUCCAGGGAAAGUAGGAGAAAAUGAAGCAGAGGCCAAAAAAGGGGAAGAGGUGUCCAAACCUGAUGACAGCAGACAAGGUGACAGGAGCGAAGGAGGAGACACUGACCCACCAGGAAACCAGAGCCACACUGGAGACCAGCGUCCUCAGAAGCAGGAAGAACCUCCUCAGCGAUCAGACUCGUCUCCACCUGCCAUCCCAGAGAGUAACAAAGAAGAGAAUGAGACAGAGCAGGACCAGGAUAAAUCUCAGCUCAGCUCCAGUGUGAUCAUCGAGGUUCCCAAUGUUCAGUCGUCUCUGGAGCUCUCUACGAUCACAGUCAACAGUAAAGACCCAGAAACCUGUAAGUCAGAGAAGGAGGAGGAAGAGGAGACAAAGCCUGUCAACGCUGUGACUCCAGACAGCAUGUUCAUCUUCAAACCCGAUAACCCGGUGCGUCGAGCGUGUCACUACGUGGUGAACCUCAGGUACUUCGAAAUGUCCAUCCUGCUGGUCAUUGCUGCUAGUAGUAUAGCACUGGCUGCUGAGGACCCUGUAGCCACCUCCUCUGACUGGAAUAAGGUUCUGCGGUAUUUUGAUUAUGUGUUCACUGGAGUCUUCACAUUUGAAAUGAUUAUAAAGAUGAUUGACCAGGGUCUGAUCCUCCAUGAUGGCUCCUACUUCAGAGAUCUAUGGAAUAUCCUUGAUUUCAUCGUUGUGGUGGGAGCACUGGUGGCCUUCGCCCUCUCCAAUGUGAUGGGAAAUAACAAAGGACGGGACAUUAAGACCAUCAAAUCGCUGAGAGUGUUGCGUGUCCUCAGACCAUUGAAGACCAUCAAGAGGCUUCCUAAACUCAAGGCGGUGUUUGACUGUGUGGUGACGUCUCUGAAAAACGUCUUCAACAUCCUGAUCGUCUAUAAGCUUUUUAUGUUCAUCUUUGCCGUCAUCGCCGUGCAGCUCUUCAAGGGGAAGUUUUUCUACUGCACCGACAGCUCCAAGGACACAGAGAAGGACUGCCAGGGUUACUACAUUGACUACGGGAAGGACAAGAAAGAGAUGAAGAGAAGAGACUGGAAGAGACAUGAGUUUCACUACGACAACGUCAUCUGGGCUCUACUCACUCUUUUCACUGUUUCCACUGGAGAGGGUUGGCCUCAGGUUCUGCAGCACUCAGUGGAUGUGACAGAGGAGGACAGAGGUCCAAGCCACGGCAACCGGAUGGAGAUGUCUAUCUUCUACGUUAUCUACUUUGUCGUCUUUCCCUUCUUCUUCGUCAACAUCUUUGUGGCUCUCAUCAUCAUCACCUUCCAGGAACAGGGGGAUAAGAUGAUGGAGGAGUGCAGCCUGGAAAAGAAUGAGAGGGCAUGCAUAGACUUUGCCAUCAGUGCCAAACCCCUGACCCGUUACAUGCCCCAGAACCGGCACACGUUCCAGUACCGUCUGUGGCAUUUUGUGGUGUCACCCUCUUUUGAGUACACCGUCCUGGCCAUGAUCGCUCUCAACACCAUUGUACUGAUGAUGAAGUAUUACUCUGCCCCGCCAGCAUAUGACGCCGUACUGAAGCACCUGAACACAGCUUUCACUGUUCUCUUCUCUGUUGAGUGUGUGCUCAAGAUCAUGGCCUUCGGCUUUCUGAACUACUUUCGAGAUACAUGGAACAUUUUUGACUUCAUCACUGUUUUGGGCAGCAUCACAGAGAUUGUGGUAGACUUGCGGUUCGUGGAUACGUUCAACAUGAGUUUCCUGAAGCUUUUCCGAGCAGCUCGUCUGAUCAAACUGCUGAGACAAGGUUACACCAUCCGGAUUCUUCUGUGGACCUUUGUCCAGUCCUUCAAGGCUUUGCCCUACGUCUGCCUGCUCAUCGCCAUGCUCUUCUUCAUCUACGCCAUCAUUGGCAUGCAGGUGUUUGGGAACAUCAAGCUGAAUGACAAGACUCACAUUAACCAGCACAACAACUUCAAGAGUUUCUCUGGUGCUUUGAUGCUGCUAUUCAGGAGUGCCACGGGGGAGUCAUGGCAGGAGAUCAUGUUGUCGUGUCUGGGGGGGCAGAAGUGUGAGACGGACCCUGCAGUACAGACGUCCGACCCAGAGGGGGGCUGUGGCUCUGACUUCGCCUAUUUCUACUUUGUCUCAUUCAUCUUCUUCAGCUCCUUCCUGAUGCUGAACCUGUUCGUGGCCGUGAUCAUGGAUAACUUUGAGUAUCUGACCAGAGACUCGUCAAUCUUGGGUCCACACCACCUGGAUGAGUUUGUCCGGAUCUGGGGAGAGUAUGAUCGUGCUGCCUGUGGUAGGAUCCACUAUAAGGAGAUGUACAAAGUUGUACGCACUAUCUCACCACCACUGGGCUUUGGAAAGAACUGCCCACACAGGGUGGCAUGCAAGAGACUAGUCCUGAUGAACAUGCCUGUGGACGAGGACAUGUCCGUUCACUUCACCUCCACCCUCAUGGCCCUCAUCCGCACCGCCCUGGAGGUCAAGAUAGCCAGAGGAGGGGAGGAUAGAAAUCAGAUGGACCUGGACCUGCAGAAGGAGAUUAGUGUCAUCUGGCCUCAUCUCUCUCAGAAGUCAUUGGACCUGCUGGUUCCCAUUCACAAAGCCAGUGAUAUGACCAUUGGGAAGAUCUAUGCUGCCAUGAUGAUAAUGGACUACUACAAGCAGAGCAAGGCCAAGAAGCUCCGACAGCAACUGGAGGAACAGAAAAAUGCUCCAAUGUUCCAGCGUAUGGAUGCCUCCUCUCUGCCUCAAGAAAUCCUAUGCAAUGCCAAAUCCCUUUCAUUUCUCAGGCAUAGUGCCGGAUCUGCUCUCACCAGAGGAGGUUUUGUGGCACUCAGCCCAAUUUCUCCACAAGAGAUGUUCCUUAAGCCGCUGUCUCGCUCCAGGGAGGAGAAGGAGGAUGAAGAUGAUGACGAUUACCGUUCACCCUACCACCCCUAUCACCACCCACACCACCACCACCAUCAUUUACACACACUGGUGCCAGACGUAGUGGAGUAUAACCAAGUGAUGCAGCAGGCCAGGCAAGACCCAACAGUUAUUAAAUCACCUCAGCGGACAGCAUCUAUCAGAGCGUCCUCCAUGCCCAGGCUGGCUGUUGAUCCACAGCCUGGGAUGUCAGCAGACAGUAAGCUGAUGAAGCGCUCCUUCUCCACCAUCGGAGACCAGUGUGUGAACGGCCUCUGGCAGGAACAACACUCUCUGGAGAGAAUCAGUCCUGACGGCACAUACAGGCCUCGUCAAAGGAGCUACAGAGGUCCUAGAAUCAACCUCAAAGAAACAAGCAGUCACGAGCGAGGGCGAUCUAAGGAACGGCGCCACCUACUGUCCCCUGAUGUGUCCCGCUGUAAUUCUGAGGAGCGCAGCCGAGAUCCAUCAUGUGAAAGGAGACGGUCCCCUUCACCUAGUGAAGGACACGCACAACACACUUUACAGAGACAGGUGAACACAUCAGGCAGCCCUGCCCAUUCGGCCUCAGAGUCCAGCACUCCUCGUAAUCGGCGCCAGCUGCCACAGACACCCUCUCGUCCGCGGCCAUACAUCUCCUACUCCCCUCUGGUCUGCCGAGCCACCACCUCUCCCACACCAGCAACCUCCUCCGAGGGACAGACCCAGCCUCAGGAUGGCCCUGAUGGCUCCAUGGAGACCUCGUGGAGGGCUGACAAGGAGGGUGGCCCCCUCACUGCAGGUCAGGGGUCGUCCGGAGGUCAGGUUUCAGGACCGAGCAACCCAUCUCCUCACCGCUACAUCUCAGAGCCCUACCUCCCAUUCCAUGAGGACGUCAGCGGUGGAGAGGCAAGCGAGGGGCAGGACACGCUUACUUUUGAGACUGCCAUGGCAACCAGCCUAGGAAGGGCCAACGCCAUAAGCUCCGCCCCGCAGCUCAGACACUCCUGGCAGGUUCCUAACGGGCAUUUCCGGAAGCACUUGGGCCAGGCGAAUCCGACCGGAGCCAGUGAGCUGCUAAGUGACACAGAUGAAGAUGACCGCUGCUAAAAACCAGAGAUGAAGAGGAUGCACAGAGCGACUGGGCACCUCAGAGAAGCUCCACAUGGCACCACAAGGCUUUGGCUCCUCUGUGGCUCUGAGAACUUGUAUUCUCAGUACCAGUAGCAUAACAGGCAGGACUGAACUCCACUGCUAUUUAUCUGGAUACUUGGGUGUCUGUCUGCAAUGUGUUCUUGGGUGUGUGUCUGUAGCUGGAGGGAGGCUACGUGUGUGGACAUGGGUGUGUUUAUGUGUGCGUGUGUGUGCUCUCAAUAGAGAAAAUUUGCCAAAUCAAGAAAACAGCAGAGACUGACUGUUCUAUAAGUAGAUCACUGCAGGCAAACCUGGGUUUUGCCAAGCCUUCCCACACAAGUUAGUGUUUUGAUUGUUAUUUGAACAAAAUAUGGUGAGACAUCGAUCCAAACCUCUUGUUGAAUCCAAGAAACUGAUCUAAGUGCGUUUUGUGUAGGUGAACAUAGAGGUAGCAUGUAAAACUAUAAUACGAUGAAUGUAUUUUAGCUUUUGGUUCUUAUGUUAAGGUCAUUUGAGAGGGUUUCUGUUAGUCUUUACUGUGCAUAGUUGUAAGAGUAGCAAUGAAACGGGUUGAUCCAGAUUUCCAGAUUUUGCCAGUUUAUAACUGGCAACCAGCCAUUCCACCCAGUUCCUGUUUACAACAAGAGUAUCCACGUGGUUCAUGGGCAUUAUACAGUCACUAAUCAAUAAAUAGUCAAUACAGGAAAUCAAGUUCCAAACCUUCAAGUGAAAUCAAGUUAUUUUUCUGUCCUCAUGUGAAAACAAUGACAGUGUACCUUCAACUGGAGCAGCACAGUACAGUUUUAUUUUGGCUCUGCAGUGUGAAAAAGAUGCUGAUGUUCUUGAACAGAUUACAGAAUAAGAGAUGUUUUGUCUCAGGAUACUGGACCAUUGUAUUUGUAAAAUAUUAUCUUCACAAAAUCUUCUGAAAAAAUGUUUAUCUGGGACCCAAAAUGAAGACUUGUGAAAACCAGAAGACUAGACUAUAAGUGUCUCUUAAUCCUACAGGUCAGUCAGUAUAACGUGACAAGACCGUCAAAAGAACUGAACCAGAGCUCUGUUCAUGGGCGACCAUCUGUAGGACAGACAGCCUGAGUGAAGGCAAAUGGAUGUUCAUUCUUCACGUUUCUGUGCUGGAUAACCACUGUCGAUGUUGUGUCAGAGAGGUGACUAAAGCCAUUUUCUUCCGGCCCAUAGAGCCAGGGACUUGUCUUCUUCAGGAUGUGUUGCCUCUGAUGAGAAAUUAAUGUCCUUUUUACAUGUGAUGCAGUGUGGAUGCUUUUCAAAAGAGGAAUCACAGGCACAGUAUGGUUUGUCUAUAUGUUAACUGCCACAUUGUUUCCAUCACAUUGAAGCAUAUGUUUUUGGUCAGUAGAAACAAGCAUUAUGGUAUUUUCUGUGCUCCAGAGUUAUAGUAAUUUUCCACAUGCAUGAUCAUGGUGACAAUGAUAAUGAGAGAUAUGUGAGAGAAAUGUGUCUUAGAGCUGCCUGAUUAUUCUUAUUUUAAUGUAUCCAUGAUAUUAAAUGGGAUUUAAAACCACUUCACCAACAGAGUCAAUAUGAAACAGCAGGCAGAGUUAAUGCUUUUUCAGUCCUAGCAUUCACUGUCCAUAUCUUUGAACAACUUUUGACCAUUUGUUGUUCCCCCCCUUAAAUAAGAUGUAUAUUUAUAUCAUGUGCUGUUGUGUUAAUGUAAUAUGUUGAGUUUGACAUGUUUCUGAAAUGUGAAAACAGGACAUAUCUGGACUGAGGAUCCACAGGCCAGAAGAGGUCACACUCACCUGCCGAAGUCCCAAACAGAAAGUCCUGAACUGAAAAAGAUGUAUUUUAGCUCAGAAACCUCCUUUGAAGUGUAUCGACUGCAAGGCUGGAUUUAUACAGUAUACAGGUUAGGUUAAGGCUUCAGCCUGUAGUUUAUAGGACCGUGCUUAACGUGUACAGUGCAGCCUAGGACUUAACCUUGAUGUCCGUCUCUGUACAGAACAGCCUAAUCUGUGCCUGGGGAAACUCGCCUCAAAGAGUUCCCUAUCAAGCCUGGAUUUCAUAGAUAGAGAAGCUUUCUGGUAAAUAUGUAGUAUAAACUGUACAAAAUAAAUCCAUGUUAAAUUUAUUGCACCGUUUAUAUUUUAUUUGUAUCAUGAUGCCUGUCUAUGAUUUUAACAAAAGAAGUGUUUACAUAUCUGUUCAAAGGACCAUUAAAGAGAGAUCACUUCUC